UUUUUUUUUACAAAAUGAAAACUAAAAAAAGAAUAGUUUCUAACACCAUAAUAGUAUGCCAAGCCUGAAAUGCAUAGACGCCACGGGUGAGUUAUUCACUUAUUUGUGAGUAAAUGGUUGUAUUUGUAUCUCUGUCUUGGUCUGGUCUGGUCUGGUCUGGUCCCUGCAACUGUGCAAGCCUUGCGCCGUCUUUUGCGUCCUCUUGGAGUCUUGGUUUUGGCUUCUUUCACUCUUGAAAACUUGGUUUCUCUUUGUUCGACCUUACGGAUUGUACUUGUGUAAAAUUUUAUUUUAAACCCAAUUGCUAAGUUUUAAUGCAUUUGGAUCAGUGUAGUUUUACUGCUUGGAGGAACACAGUUUUCCUCAACAAUUUUCUUCAUCGUGAUGCAUUUAUCUGGAUCUCUACCCUGAUUACUGGGUUUGCCUGUAAUUUCAUCUUUUCUUCAAUUAGCACGAUUUUUGAGGACCCCCUCUUAUUAAGAAGCACGAUACAUGAUUUGCGGCCUAUUUUUUGCUCUAAUGGUGAUUGGAAAAAAUCGAAUUGUUUAAGAAAAGGAGCUUAAUUUAUUUUGGAGGUUUUUGGUUUUCUUUAGGAGCCGUUGAAGAUUUGGUUUGACGGAUUUAUUUUACGCAGCUCCAGGUCCACCUUACUUAAGCCCGUAACAUAUUUUUGUUUAAAUUAAAUUCAAUGUAUACUUUUUUAUUCCAUUACUUACUGAUAAGGAUUUCUGCAUUCGAAAGGAACAUUUUAUUCUGUAAAUUAUAGUUACUGAAAUACCGGCAGUUUUCUCCCCUACUUUUUUCCCCUUCUAUUUGUUGCCUUAUAAGUAUAGUGGGCUGUCGUGUAGUGGGUUUUUUUGGUCAGGCUAAUUUGUCUUAAAUCCUUGAUAGCUUCAUUCAUGUAUGCUUCCUUGGGUUCUUUUGAACCUUGCAUGAAGAGUUAAGAAUAGUGAUGGGAGGUACUAGCAAUGGCUAAUUGCUUGAAUUUGGGUUAUUUCUGAGUACGAAAAACGGUGUUUCAGCCCUUCAUCAUGCCUUUGUCUGAGCUAUACCGGCUGGCUAGGGGGUAGCUUGAUUCAUCUCAAGAGAAGAAUCCUCCAUGUUCUACUGAUCUGUCUUUUGUGUAAGUUCCGUUUUACUCUAGUUCCUCAGUCUCUUUAAACAUUAAUUUCUUUGGUUCAUGGUAUUGAAUUAUAUGCAAUUUUCUAAUUUGGUUGUCUUGCGCCUUUUUGUCUUGCCUUUUCCCUAUGUGUUCGAAUGCAGACCUAAGAAUGACUUUGUUGAACUUGUAUGGGAAAAUGGUCAAAUUUUGAUGCAAGCUCAAUCAAGUAGAGCUAGAAAGAUUCCUGCUUGUAACAGCUUACCCUCUCAUUGUUUACCAUUGCACACUCCUAAGAGCAGACAUAAAGAUACAGGAAAUGUAGGAACUAAUACAAAAAUGGUAAAGUUUGGGGCAAUGGAUUCUGAAUUAAGCGAAAUUCCAAUGUCGGUGGCAUCUGGAGAAAUGGGUUUGGAUCAAGAUGAUGAAGUGGUGCCUUGGUUGAACUACCCUGUGAAUCAAUCUUUACGGGAUGAAUAUUCUGAUUUCUUGCCUGAAUUAUCUGGGGUCAGUGCAAAUGAGAACCCUAAUCUGAGUAACUUUGCAUCAUUUGACAGAAGAAACCAAUCCAUUAGAGAUUCCAGUACUAUUUCUCUAGAUGAUGGUGCUGGUUUUGAACAAGGAAAUCUGUCAAAGGUUCCUAGACUAGCAGAUGGCGAAGCUAUGCCUAGAACUGGUACCAGUCAAUUAUGCAUGCUGCCAUCACAUCCAUGUCAAACUUCUUCUCCAUAUUUUAGAUUACAAAUUUUGGAGAAUAUUAGUACUUGCUUGAGUCAUACCACCACCCACCGUUCCAUUUGCCGAGAUUCAGUGGGAGUCCAAAUACCAGAUGGUGGUUUGUCAGGCAUUAAGAUGCAGAAACAAGAUCCAGUACCACCUUGUAAUAAUACUGUCUUGAUGAAAAUUUCCCAUUUUUUGCAUCCUGCUACUCUUGUUAAAGCUAGUCUUAAGAACAUAGGUUCUAUGGCUAGCACUGAAAGAAUUGGAAGUAAGGAAAAGGGUUCUGCUGCCAGUAUUAGCAACCCUGCUGAUAUCACACUCAUUCAUUCAAAUAUUGAGUUACAGAAGGAAAAAUUUUCACAUUGCCAACCUAUGAUAGUGCCAAUGAAGACCGAUAUAAAAGAAUCUGAACCUAGGUCUCUAGAUGAAUCAGUUGCUGCUGAACCAACUGAUGCCAUCUGUGAAGAAAAUGUCCUCAAGAAUGAUAAAAACCCUAUUCAAGUUAUUGGUGAAAGUGCUUUUAUAGGACUGCCAGAUAGUGAUAAGGCUGUAGAGCCUGUGCUUGUUGCUUCCUCUGUUUGCUCUGGCAGUAGUGUAGAGAGAGCAUCUGAUGGUCCAGUACAUAAUUUGAAGAGAAAAAAUCGUGAUAAUGAGGAGUCUGAAUGUCCUAGUGAAGAUGCUGAAGAAGAAUCUAUAGGUAUGAAAAAAGCAGUUCCUGCUCGAGGAGGUAUAGGGUCUAAGAGAAGCCGAGCAGCAGAAGUGCAUAAUUUAUCUGAGAGGAGGCGAAGGGAUAGGAUAAAUGAGAACAUGCGUGCUUUACAGGCGCUCAUACCAAACUGCAAUAAGGUGGACAAAGCAUCGAUGCUUGAUGAGGCAAUUGAAUAUCUGAAGACACUUCAACUACACGUGCAGAUUAUGUCUAUGGGAGAUGGCUUGUAUUUGUCACCAAUGAUGUUAACAACUGGAAUGCAACACAUGCAUGCAGCUCAUGUGGUGCAUAUUUCACCCAUUGGUGUUGGAACGGGAAUGGAUAUGGGUUUUGGAAUACCAUUGCCUCACAUGAAUGCUGGAUCUUCUACUUGUCCUAUGGUUCAGGUGCCUCCAAUCCCUGGAGCACCUUUUUCUGGCCCAGGCCCACAUAUUUCAGGCCCCACUGCUCUCCAUGGGAUGGCAGGAUCUAACCUCCAUCUAUUUGGGCUUCCUGGUCAAGGAUUUUCCAUGUCAAUGCCACGUGCACCUUUGAUUCCUAUUUCUGGUAGGCAUCUCAUGAAAUCAGCCAUGGGAUUGAGUGCCUGUGGACUGGUAGGUCCUAUGGAUAAUAUGGAUUCAGCUACUGCUUCUAGUUCAAGGGAUCCAGUUCAGAAUAUCAACUCACAAGUGGCACAGAACACAAUGGCCAAUAGCUCAAUGAAUAAGACUCCUACUCAGUGCCCAACAACAACUCAAAGUUUGGAAUAGCCAGCUGUGGUGCAAGAGAAUGGUCAAUCCUCAGUAGUCACUGGUAUUGUACCUUUUAGAUCAGCAGAAAAUGAAAAAAAUACCUAAUAGGUUAAAAAUUGUUAGCUUUUUGACUGGAGGAGAUGAAUCCUUUUUGCUUCCUAUGGAUACUGAAGCUUUUUCUCCCUGAGGAGAUUGAACCUCUAUGAUGGUCAACUGAAUACUAAUUUCAGGACAAUACAGUCACAAUUUGCACAGAUUUUGAUAUGUUGAGGAGACUUGAAAUCUUUUCUUGCAUAUGUACAUUCAUUUAUACAAUCCAUGCAAAUAAUGCGAUGUCUAUCUAAGAGAUAAAUACCUCAAUUCAAUAGUAUGUAUUCAAAUGUUUGUUGUAGACCUAUGGUUAACCAAUUCUUUGAAUUCAUGAAAUGAUAAUUAUUUUUCCGUUACAUAUUAGGCAAUCAGUUUCUCUCUGUCUCGAUCUACAUAUUUUAGUCAAGUGAAGUAUGAUACAUAAAUUGUGGGUGGCAUAAUCAUCCAUCUCUUUUCAGCUUCCUGAAUGCAACAGGUAUGGAAUAUUUGAUACAGUCCAGAAUAUUCUGAUUUACAUGUUGCUGAUAAUUUGCUAUCACAAAGAAUUUAAAAAUUUACAGAGUUUACUAAUGUAAAUACUGACUCUGUCCUUGAUUUAGUCUUGAUUAGCUUAAAGCCAUAAACCUUAAAAGAG